AUGGCCCAUCGCAAUCGAGCUCUCGUUGAGCAUAUCUGGCUCUGCUUGGAACUCGACGACUACGACUGCACCAAGUGCGCACCGCCUAGUGGAAGCAUAGACGAGGAGUUGGAAGAUGCGUAUGCUGUCACCGAUACAGCUCACUGCCCCAUCACCACUGCAUUCCAGAAUCUCUUCUCGGCUCUCAGCAGAUGGGAACCCAAUGGCGAUCUGACACUCGAUAUCAGUAUCUACUCGCCUAGCGACUCAAAGCAUUGGUUCAAGUAUCUGACCUUUAUGCCAGAUACUCCUGCGGGUAUGGUGGGCAGUGGUACGGAGCAGACGAUGCUAAGCCAAGUCGGUGAUGAUCCUCAACAUGGCUGGAUUGCUGGGUUUCGACAUUCCGCUCCAACGAGGGCGGCUAUCAACAAGAUUUUCCAUUCAGUUAUGGAGGAAGGUCCGUUCGAUAGCAAGCAGUUGGAGCUCCAAUGGUGGGAUCAGCUUCCGCCGGAGGAACUCCACUACGAGCCUUGGAGAGAAUGGGGAUCUAUCCAGAGAGAUACAGACAGAUCUAUCCACCAUUUCAAUGACAAUCUGAAGAGGCUUGUCGUCUUUGAAAACUUCAACCAACAGUACCCAGCUAUCAUGCAGAGAAUCCUGAAUGGGGAUGACAUGGCCGAAUGCCACCCUAUUCGCAAUCCAAGCCCAUCAAUUAGCCGGAUCAUGGCAGCCACCAGCCUCAAGCUCGAGCAUCUCGCAGCAUCCUUCAUGGUAGAUGCUCGGCACUUCAUGGAUAUCCAAUCUUCUUGGGAGUGGCCAAACCUCACCUCGCUUGCGCUUACUUCCAGAUUACUCGCUCUAGGAGCGGACUCGACCGAGGUCGGAGCAAUGCUUCAGAAGGCGGCGGCAGCGGCCCUCAAGAUGCCACAGCUGGAAACAAUGGAACUCUGGAACGGGCGGAAGGGGCUGGCGGCGCUCUUUCAGUAUCGGGUAUUUCGCAAUAAACAGCAAGCCAGAAUUACUUGGAGAGGCACAUGGAAAUUGACCAUGGAACCAUCUACAAUUCAGGCUUGGGAAGCCCUCGUUAAUCAAAGAUAUCCUGGCUGGGAACUUGGCGUGGUUCAGGAAUGGCUGGAUGAAAAUGAUAUCAAGUCUCAUGGUGAUGCUAUUCGCCAGUUAAUGCUUUCAAGUCAGGUCAUUCGGCCCAUCUCGUUGCAACAGAUUCAGAUAGAACAGAAGGCCCUGGAGGGCGCGAGAACUGUAUAA